UAAUUGAAAGAUUAUCUUCAAUCAUUGAAACAAAAUCUUCGAAACUUCGCAAUCCUGGGUGGAGAGGAACUCCGCAGUGCACAACCGAGCGGCCAUAGCGCAACAGAACACUUGCGUCAGACGGCCACCUUACAAUAUUAUAAUUUUUGUUUCCACCAUGGCAAACCGGGCAUCGAAUCUUGACCCUCUGGUCUUCUCAAUCCAGGAUCUUGAGAAGGAGGGCACAAAACGUCUUCCAAAACAAUAUCGCGAUUUCUAUAAUGGUGGCGCAAUGGACAUGAUAACGCUACGGGACAAUGUUUCGGCCUACGACCGAUACAAGAUUCGGCCUCGCGUUCUUCGAAACGUCUCUCAUUUGGACUCGACCACAGAAAUCUUUGGCUACAGGGCGAGUUUCCCCUGCGGAAUCAGCCCAACGGCGAUGCAUUGUUUAGCACAUCCAGACGGAGAACUGGCGACCUCAAGGGCAGCGGCCAAGGCGGGGAUACCGAUGGCCUUGUCCUCCUACUCAAACGUUGCAUUAGAGGAAGUCAAAGCCGAAGGAGCUGGAAAUCCUUACAUGAUGCAAAUGUGCAUUGUGAGAGACAGGAAUCGCACCCUACAGCUGUUAGAAAGGGCUGAGAAAGCCGGCUAUGAAGCCCUCUUCCUCUCUGUCGACGUACCGGUGCUAGGACGACGGCUAGGAGAAAUGCGCACGAACUUCGCCCUGCCGAACGAUUUGUCCUUCCCAAAUAUUCUGUCCAGUGGGGAGGGCGACUUUGGUGAUGACGAGACCAAGCGCAAUGGGCCCACAGCUUUCGACGAUACACUGGAAUGGGAAGAAGUCAUCCCGUGGUUGCGGAAGCAUACAAAGAUGGAGAUAUGGCUAAAAGGGGUCUCGUCGCCCGAAGACGUUGAACAAGCCGUGGCUACGGGUGUCGAUGGUGUCAUCAUCUCGAAUCACGGGGGACGUCAGCUCGAUGGUGUGCCAGCGACGUUAGAUGCGCUGCGUUCCUGUGCUCCAGUCGCCAAAGGACGCAUAAAAAUCGCCAUGGAUGGUGGCAUCCGGAGAGGUUCAGACAUUUUUAAGGCUGUCGCACUUGGGGCAGAGUUUUGCUUUCUCGGACGAGUCGCGAUAUGGGGGUUAGCUUACAAAGGUCAAGCGGGCGUAGAACUGGGUAUCCGCAUCCUGUACGAGGAGUUCAGAUCAACAAUGGCCUUGGCUGGCUGCCGCUCCGUUAAAGAAAUAACGACGAACCAUCUGAGUGUCUUGGAAGGCAACGGUAUCCUUGCAAAGCUUUGA